AGUCAACGCUGUUUUCGUAGCACGAGACCAAUUCUUAAAUUAAAACGAACAAGGAGAAGCGCUGCGAAAAUAUCAUUCAAACCAUAACUUAAAUAACGAAAAUGUGUAUUCUAUUUCAAUAACUUAUAACAACUUGAUCUGAUAACCCAAUACAAAAAUAACUGUGACAUUUGAAAAGAAGGUUUUUCGCAAUGUCUUCGCCAGUCUUGAAACUAUUCCAGAUUAUUAUGAUACUGUAUAUGGCAUUAGGUGGUAAUACAUUUGUAAGAGAAAUUAAACAUAAUUCGGAAGUUGCAGGAAACAUAAAGUCUAACAUUAAAAGUACAACUACACCCAGUUCAAAAUUAAUGAAACACACAGUAGCUUCUUUAAGGAAUCAGACAAAUAAUAUACACAAUCUGAGAGUUGAUGUCAACUCAUCAAAAUACCCUGUUUACAAAAUGACAAUGAAACCAACUUUGAAAAUGAAACCAGUUUUGAAAAUGAAGCCAGCUUUGAAAAUGAAAACAGUUUUGAAAAUGAAACCAGCUUUGAAAAUGAAACCAGCUUUGAAAAUGAAACCAGCUUUGCAAAUGAAAACAGUUUUGAAAACGGAAAGAACUUUGAAGGUGAAACCAUCACGAAAAUAUAAAAUACUACAAUCCAUCAUUGUUAAAAGAGUCACUUUCAAAAAUAAUUCAGCUAACCAAACCCUAGGAAAAACCAAUGGUAUUUCUGCUUCGACAGAAAAUUCCAGAAUUGGGCAGGUGAAACGGAUGUCUUUAUUUCCUUCAAGAUUAUUUAGAAGAAUUUCUCAUAAUCUACAAGGUUCUGGAAGUAAAAAUGCUAGUAGUAAACUUGAUAAUGGCUUGGGUGUUCAUCUUAUUCGAGUGUAUCCCCCGAUAAUGCAUGGUUUCCAUAGGUUUUUCGUAAGGCGUCGGCCUUUUGCUAAUUUUACAGACAAAAAUGAUACUCUUCUUAAAAUUGUAUUAAUUUCUAACGAAACUCCAGCGGUAAACAAUUUAUUCCAACCAUUUCUCGACUUUUUUCGAAGAAUGACAUUGUCCAUUAAGUCAUUUCUUCACGCCGUGAAAUAGAUUUUGCAGUUAAUUGCUACCUGACUGUAUACAAAGAUGUUAAAAUAAAGACUGAUUUAUUUCA